AUGCAAAAUUACGAAUCUUCAACCCUGCUGAAACUGCGAGAAAUCCCCUCGCUCGUCACAAAUCCCUUCACUCAACAAUUACCCAUUGGCGACGGCACCUUGCUAAAUUUCUACUUCUGCUGGGAGUCGCUUUCGUUCAGUGGAGAGCCAAUUACCCUACCCUGCCCGGCUGGUCCUCAUGCCAGCACCGACCUCGACUGCCGGAGUAUGCCUCGGCGCGCGCGCGAUCUGGCCGCCGACGAGGACAUGAAGGUCGCUAAAUCCUCGUCGCACCAGCCGAAGCGACAACGUGUCUCUCUUGCAUGCGAUGCCUGCCGAACGGCGCGUGAGAGAUGCGACGGCCAACGACCACAGUGCGGCACCUGCACCAGCGUGAAGCGCACAUGUUCCUACACGCCGGCGUUGCGAAAGCGCGGGAUUAAGACGGGCUACCUGAGAGCGGUCGAGCUCUCUCUGGCUUGGGUCUUUUCCCGGGCGCCCGAGGCGGAAGAGGCUCUGCACCGGCUGUUUAUCGAAAACGACGGCGUGGCGGCCGACCAAAUAUUCGUCUCCAAGGGAAAGACGAGUGAUCGCCUGUACAAGAAAUGGAUCAACAGUCUGAUAUACGUCGAUAUCGAUAAGAUCCUUUCCGAGGACCGACCGGCGAGAGUCGAUACGUCUACGGAUGAGUCAAACUCGGAAUCCUCCCCAGGAGGAGCCGAGCAUGACUUUGGCACCGUCGCCCGUGCAAUGGCCUCGAUACCGCCCUUUCCCAAACCAGAAACACAAUCCUCUCCCGGCCUGGCGCAAACACAGUCCUUGACGACGCCCGUCAUCAGAUACCCCAAGCUACCUUCCUCCUGGCGCCGCCUGGUCGACAUUUACUUUACCUAUACUCACUGCUGGCUGCCCAUUGUCCAGCAAGAAGAGAUUUACUUCGCCGCCAUGAUCUACACGCCCGACGGCCUUCAAAUCGCCUCUGGAAGCGACCCCUAUGCCACGGCGUGCCACGCGCAGCUCUGGGCCAUCCUGGCCAUGGCGUCGUUUCAGGAUGGGCAUCCCGGCGGGCGCUCCGAAGCACAGGACGUGUACGACUUUGCGCGGAGCCUCAUACCAAACGACGACGCCAAUCACGAGCGCCCCAUGGCCUGCACCAUGCUCCUCCAUGCGCUCAUCCUCAUGGGCAAGGGCAACGGCAUGGCCGCGUGGCUGACGGUCGGGCGCGCCGCACGCCUGGUUCUCUUGACCGAGCAUGGUGUUGUCGGGCCUGGCGGUGUUGAGCGCCGCGUGCUGGCCGAGUCCCCCGUGCUGGCCGCUUGCUGCGUUCUGGAUACGCUGCUGUCUAUUUGCUUGGGAAAGCCGGCCCAGCUCGCCCUUGAUGUCGAUACCAGAGAUCAGUCGGCGCUGUUCUCCCUGUAUCCAGAGGCCGCCGGGCCCUGGCGACCUCUGCCCGGCUUCGGCUCGGCCUCCAAGACACAGCCCGCCACCAGCUACCCCGCUCUCACACUAUACCAGCUGCUCGAAUUCAGUCUCCGCACAGGCGAGCGAGCAAUCUCACACCGAAACGUAGACAGUAGAGACGGUCGCGGCAACAACAACGACGGCCUGGUGCAGUCGCUGCAUCCCCAGCUGCUGUACUGCAGCUCCCUCAAUGUCGGGGCGUCGAUGCCGCGCAUCCCCUCGGCGCUGCUGCUGCAGGUGGCCUUUCUGGCCAGCUCCAUCCUCGUGUCCGGAUACCGCGCGUCGCUUCUCUUCACGCUGCUCGAGAUCAUCGAGCUGAGCAUCGAGUACUUUGGCGAGGGUGGGACGCCGCCGCUGCUGCCGUACUUUAUGGAGUCGAUUGAGAAGCACAUUGACUUUGACGACAUGCGGCCGAGCGAUCGCUCAAAAUGGUCGCUUCUUCUGAAACGGCUGCGCGCUCCGUGGCAAAACGAGAAUGCCGGCCAACCUGCCGAGACCCAACACUCACUCCGCCAUGGCAUCGCAGACACCGCGCGGUUGCACACGGCGAGCUCCUUCUCUCCGCAGGCAUUUGCUGGCGGCUUCGAGUCUAGCUCCAGAGCCAACACUGGGGACUCGCAUCCCAAGGGCCACAUCUUUCCCACCGAUAGCCAGGAUAGCUACGGCCACAUUUAUCCUCUCGGCGGCCACUCUGUUCACUCAGCAGGGACUGGCCAGUCGCCUCCCCUCCAUACACCGAACGUCCAUUUGCAGGCCUCGCCGCACCCGUUGCUGCAGGACACGACGCUCGGGGCUUGUCCGCCUAUUGACUAUGACGCAAUGCUGGACGAGCUCGGCUCCAUUGACUAUACGGACAAUGUUGAGCUUGAUGCCCAGUUCAUGGCAAAUCUUGGAUUUGCGCCCGGGUGCAAGACGCCUGACAGCGUGGGCGAUUUAGCACAUUAA